AUGCUGCUGCUGCAGCAGCGGCAGCUGCAGCCAGCAGCAAAUGCAGCUCGUGCAGCCGCAAGCGCAGCAGCUGCAGCGCAGCAGCAACAGCAGCAACAGCAGCAACAGCAGCAAACCACGCAGGCGGCCCCCGGCACAGCAGCAGCACAAAGUUUAGCCACCAAAAAGCAGCAGCAGCAGCAGCAGAAUGCAGCAAAGUCUGCCCUCUGGGCCAACGAACACCAGCAGCAGCAGCAGCAACAGCAGCGGCAGCAGCAGCAGCAGCAGACACGACGGUACAAAGGGCGCCACUGGAGCAGCAGCAGAACUGCCUUUGCUGCUGCUGCAGCAGUAUCUGGGGGCGCUCAGCAGCAGCAGCAGGGGCAGCAGCAGCAGCAGCAGCAGCAGCUAACUGCAGCAGCAGCUCGUCAGCGCGAUUUCCGCGGGUUUGCAAUGGCGGACGACGAGAACGACCAGAUGUUCGCCGAGCCCUUCGGCGACGACUUCGCCGACGAGUUGGGCGAAGAAGACUUCGAAGAAGACUUCGAAGACGCGCGAGCAGCAGCAGCAGCAGCAGACCCCGACGUGGACCUUCUCGUGGACCCCAACGACCCCAGGCUCCAG